AAUCACGAUGGACCAAAGUGCAAAGAAGGAUUCCUUCCUCCAUAUUUGUAUAGCCCAUGAGCUUAGGCCGUCGGUAAUUUUUCAAGCCGUAAAUAAAGAGUGCAAAAAUGACUGAAUAAAGCAGCAAAUCGAACGCACCAGGAACGGUAGUCGCACGGCUACAGCGGAAAUUGUCGGUGUCGUGUGCGUUGGCAGUGUUUGGGUGUAUCGAUUUUGUGCUCCACACCGUCGAAUGUGUAUCGUCUUCGUUUGUGGUGCACUUUUCCGUCACAGCGAGACACUGCGGUAAAGGAUCUGUGCGAGCGUGUGUGAGCAAAAAAAAAAAAAAGGCCCGUGUCCGUAACGCGCCCCCCACAUCUAGCCUUGUUACGCGUAACAUUUUCUAGCGAAAAGUGCAGUUCUUGGCCAAUUUAGAACUGUGCGUGAGUGUGUGUGUAUGUGUGUGUGUGAUUGUGUGCUUUGAAAACGCUACCGUCGCACAGACGAAAGGCGAAAUUUUGCAUGGAUCGGUGAGCCUUCUUCCCGUGAGAAAAAAGUCAACGCAGAGAGCAAGAAGCAAAAGAAGAAGAAGAAGAAGAAGAAGUGUAGCCCGUCAUAUAAUAGCUUCUGGGCGAGGUGGAAGGGAGGAUGCAAGUGUAAAAUUGAUGUGUGCGUGUGCAUGUGUGUGUGUGUGAGUGCUGUGUACGCGCGUAUUCUGCCUGUUCGAGGACGUGCUAGUGUGUGCGUGUGUGCGUGCGCGUAUUAUGUGUAUGCAUCGUUGAUCCUGUCAGCUUCCUGCAGUGUGUAGCGGGGCCGUCCGUCGUCGUGUAGCAGCAGCCCGCCUGCCCGGCCCGCCGGUUGUGUUUGCGGAGUGUGAAACAAAAACGGCAAAACCGAGAUCAUUCCAGCCAAUCUUGCGUCAAUGUCCGGCUUGGUGUGAGAUGGGAAUGUUUCCAAAUCAUAAUAUUAAUCGGUAUCAAUGCACGGUCAUUUCGACGAAGAACAACGUGAUCUAUGUCAUAAAGUGGGAGUGUUAGAAUAGGGGAGCGAAACAUCAAACUGGAUUAAACUGUGGCUAAUGGAUUAUAUGAUGUGAAAUAAAAUCAGUAAAUAAAAUACUCAUCUAUCAUUUAGAGAUUAAAAUGGUAUUGCUGGCCCAAGGGCCGUGGCCCUUCGAAACUAUUGUGCAACUGCUAGAAAACUGCAAUCUUUGCCAAACAGUAGUCGGCUAUCAUAGUUGUCCUCGUUACCCGUGCUCUAUUGCUCCAACAUCAUCGUCGUCGUCAUCGUUCGUCCCGAUUUCCCGCGCAGACUGUUCAACAACGAAAGGCGAUUUAAGCGAACAAAACUUCCAAAGAACGACCGAAUCGCCGGUGGACGUGCAGGAACAAUUUGUCCGUAAAGCACCCAGCAGCUCUGCGUUAUCUCUGCUAUUUGACGCCACCGCUAACGUGACCCGACCAAACCGGUGGCAAAGAUUGUUGAUGGGCCCGCUGGUGGCGGAAGCCCCGCACUCUUUCACUGCAUGGAUUCAAUGAGUCGCAACGAGGCGAACAGCAGCAGCCACCACCAAAACAAGGUGGUCUUAAUGAAUCAAGGAACUGAUAGCAAUAACGAAAGAGCUAAUAAUCUAACAAGUAGCGGUAGCAGCAGCAGCAGCAGCAGCGGCGGCGCCAACAGCCACAGCAACAGCACUCGAGGCAACAGCACUAGCGGUAGUAGCAGUAGUAGAAGCAACAUUAUUAGUCUUAGCGGUAGUAAGAGCAGUAUUGGCAGUGACAGCAACGCUGCCAGUGGCAGCGGCGAUAAAUUUAGCGGCAGUAAGGGCAACCAACCGAUAGCAGCGCACGUGGCGGCGAUCAUUCACCCGCAGCGUCUUCAGCACCAUUCGGGGUCCGUAGAUCGGCCGGCGUCCGCCGAUUCCGACCGGGGCAGCUAUAACCCGAUAGCAGCGGCAACCGGUGCUGUUGGCGUGGUGUCGACUGUUGCACCCUCCUCCUCACCAGCGACGUCGUCCGGAGCGGAUAUAAAAGACUCCAACUUUGACGACGAUAACGAGUGGGACGUCGGUAUCGGAGAUUUGAUAAUCGAUUUAGACGCGGACAUUGAAAAGACUGGCGCAAACCAGCAUCAGCAGCAACAGAGACAGCAGCAGCAGCAGCAGCAGCAGCAACAACAGCAACAGCAGAGUCAACCGCAAUCCAGUAGUAGCAGCAGCAGCAGCAGCAGCAGCAGUUCGACUACAGUUGGUGGUGUGCUGCAGUUUCUAUCAACCAGUGGUGGUGGUGAGUCCGCGUCAGCAAUUACGCCAGUGACUACUCACAGCGGUCAGUCACGCAGUGGCAAUAGUUCGGGAAAGGGUAGCAAAUCCGGCGCAGUCAGUUGUUCCAGUGAUACCAGAGACAAAAGCUCAGCAGGAGGAAGCGGAGCAGGAAACACUGCCAGCUCUGGUGGUAGCAGUAGCUCAAAGGGACAUCAUCAUCACCAUCACCAUCAUCACCACCACCAUCAUCAUCACCAUCAUCGUCACAAACAGCAGCAACAACAGCAGCUGAGCGGUAGUAGCACCAGCAGCAGCAGCGGCAGCGGCAGCAACAGCGGCAGCAGCAGUAGCAGUAGUGGUGGUGGAAGUAAUACCAGCGCGAGUACGAGCCCAGGAGAGAAAGUCGGUGAGUCGCAGGGUAGAACUCGUACCACCAGUAAUUCUUCUACCAGUAGCUCAGCUACACCGGCAUUGCCUGUCAACCCCGUUACAGUGGGCAGUGCGCCAGUAUCUGCAGCAGGGCAGGGAAUAAGAUCCCAUCCGGGUAUCGAUACUAUUGAUAGUGCUGGUUCCCGUGGCGAUACGCAUACGCUCGUAGGGAGCAGCGGUCGCAGUAAACAGAGCGUACCAUCCGCUAGCGCCAGCAGUGUGCCCGGGGUGGUUGGAAGCAGCGGCAGUAGCGGUGGUAAUAGUAGCAACAGCAAUACCACAACAAUGUCUUCGACCACCAGCAGCUCGGGUAGCAAGUCAACGACCAAACUGUCCGUUGACCACCAAGCAACCCUGGAUAAGGGGCUGAAGAUGAAGAUCAAGCGCACGAAGCCGGGCACGAAAACGUCCGAGGCAAAGCACGAGAUUGUCAAGUCCGAUCAAAACGGCACCACAGCCACAACGGCCACGUUAAGUACUGGUGGUGGUGGGGGUGGUGCGGGUGUCGGCACCGGUGGUAUCGGAGCGUCUACCGCGCUUACCAGCACGACCGGUGUUACUGGCAUGACCACAUCGGCCUUGGUAGGCACCGGCUCAUUGACGAGUGCUGGUACUAUGGCAGGCACACCACUGAACGCCAACAGCGGUGCUUCAGCGGGUGGCCAUUUAACGACUGAUUCCGACAGUACGGGUAUAGCUGGAGGCGGAGGAACGAUCUCCGGAGUGGGUGGCGUUGUUGGAAGCGGAAUUGGAGGAGUGCUGAGCUCUGGGUUGAAUGCAACAGCCAGCGGACAUUCGGGCAGCGGCACGGGAGUAAACUGUGCCAAUGCGCUCGUCAACAGUAACGCUUCCAACGGCAGUAACAGUGGCAAUGUGGCGCUGAGUAACAGUGGCAACACGGCCGGUAAUAGUGGAGGCGGCAGUGGGAGCAGCACUAGCAUUAGCGGUGGAAGUAUCGUUCUGGGUAACUCCGGCAAAAAACACUCAUCACAGUCCACCAACAGUGGAACGAUUGGGAGUAGCAGCAACACGGGCGGCAACAGCAAUGCCCAGCAGCAGCAGCUGAGCUCCGGUAUGCUUACCUCUCAGCAGCAACAGUCCCAGCAGCAGCAUCAGCAGCACCAGCAACAACCGGCACAGAGUUCAAACAAGCGUGGUAGCAGUAGUCACAGGAGAGACAAGGGGAAAGAUAAAACCACACACCACAAUCAGCGUGACAAAAGCGAGCAGCAUCAAGGAGCAUCGGGGGCUGCCGGUGGCUCCGUGGAUGGCAGCAUUGGUUCGAGCGGGUUGAAUAAUAGUCGAUCCGCGACGAGCAGUGGCUGCGUAUGCGUCGUCAAUCAUGAUGCACAAGUCAACGGGUUACUACAGCAGCAGCCGUGCUCAAGUGCAUCGUGCAUUUAUGCCAAGCCUGGAAGCAAUAGUGGCGAUCUUGGCGGUGGCGGAAACAUAUCCCUCGGCGCAUCACAUCGAUUAGGCGCGGGAGGCAUCAUUCCGGGAAGUUUAAGUGUUGGUACGGGUACGAACGCAGGAAGCAAUACAAGCACUCCGAACGCUCCUGGUCCACCGGUACUGGGAAAGGAUAUCAAUAAGCUAUUGAAUCUAAAUGUAGCAAACGCAGGAACACAUAAUUCCGGAGGAAAUAAUACCAAUAGCAGCAGUAGUAUAGCCGGUACAGGAACAGGCAACAUUUGCAAUGCGAACAACAUCCAUACCGGUGCUACCGGCGUGCUGAAAGCUCAAUUGCAGGCUGGCUCCAUGGCUGGAACCGCUAGCGAAGGAUCCGGAACGGGUACGGCAAACAUGAUGGGAAUGUUCUCGGGUAGUACCGCAUCAUCGCCCAAUCUCUCGGCGGCUCUGUCAACGCACGACGAUAAAAGUGGUUCAAGCCCGCCCCCCGCAAAGCGUCACAAGGGCGACAAGAAGGAAAUGGUAGACGUGUGUGUUGGCACGUCCGUCGGCACGAUAACGGAGCCGGAUUGUUUGGGUCCCUGCGAACCGGGCACAUCUGUCACGCUGGAGGGUAUCGUAUGGCAUGAAACGGAGGGUGGCGUUCUAGUGGUGAACGUUACUUGGCGGGGAAAAACUUACGUUGGAACGUUGAUUGAUUGCACCAAACAUGAUUGGGCGCCUCCGAGGUUUUGUGAUUCUCCGACCGAGGAAUUGGACUCUAGGACACCGAAAGGACGAGGCAAAAGAGGUCGAAGCUCAGCUUUGCUGCCAACGAACGAUCUUAGCAAUUUCACGGAGACUCGUAGCUCGAUGCACAGUAAGUUAAGGAACGGCGGUUCCAAAGGACGAGGAGGACGAGGAGGCAUAAUCGAGACGAACGCGGCAAGUGCAACCGGAGCAUCCAAACUACCAACGCUCACUGCCAGUGCAAAUGUUCUUGGAACAGCCAACAAUGGAGGAUCGCUGGGCGGUGCCAGCAAUACACCCUCAACGUCACCAGUAGCAUUUCUUCCGCCGCGAGCAGAAAAACGCAAAUCAAAGGACGAGUCUCCUUCCCCGCUAGGCGCGGGCAGUGGUGGCAGCGGUUCCGGUGGGGCCGGUAGUAACAAUGGUGCGCAGAACACCAUGAGCAAUAAUGUGAUAAACUCGGCGUCUGUAAAUAUCGGAAGCAACUCCUCCGGCAACGCAGGAAGUGGUUUUAACAAUGCAUCCAGCGGAGACGGUAGCGGCCACACGGGUGGCUCCCCGUCGAUCGUUAAUCUCGUGACGGGAUUAAAUGUUCAGGUGAGCAGUGGCGGUAGCGGAACUGCCGGCGGAUCGGCGUGUAAAAAAGCAAAAAGCAGCACCGCAGCCUGUGCAAUUUCACCGGUACUGCUAGAGUGUCCUGAGCAAGACUGUAGCAAAAAGUACAAGCACGCGAACGGGUUGAAGUACCAUCAGAGCCAUGCACACGCAGGCAGUGCCUCUUCCAUGGAUGAGGAUUCAUUGCAAGCACCAGAAUCACCGCAACGAAUAGCACCUUCGCCGACAACCAACAAUACCGCCCCGUCACCUCUGUCCGUGGCCGUCGGUGCCAGCACAGCUCUCCCCACUGCAGCCGCCGGAGGUUCGUCUGCGACGGGCAACAACAGUGAACUCGUCCUGGCCCUGUCUACCACGACCGGUGGAUCAGGCUCCAGCUCUGCCAUAGCAACAUCCUCAUCUACCCCAUCACCAUCACAAUCAGUGUCUGGGUCGGCUUCCUGCAUUUCAACGAUGUCUAGUCAAUUGUCGCAACAAAAUUUAGCAUCUAAACAAUCCCUUGGCCCCAACAAUUCCAACACAAUCAACAAUGGAAACAGUGGUGGUGGUGGUGUUAAUUCUCAGGACACAACGGGUAUGCUACUGCAUCAGUCCUCAUCCGCUGAUCAAAUGUCAACGUCUGGCGUAACGGCGGGCACUGUAGGCACAAAUGAACAGCAAGACCCUGACAGACAUGGCGCCAGUGGUGGUCCAGAGGCACCGACUGACGGAGGUUCGGCUACACUCAAUGAUGAGGAAUCAAACCUAACAACAACUGGAGUAAUGAAUGCUAGCAGCGCGGCAGGUUCAGUUGCAAUACCAAGAUCGCCGGCUGUUGGUAUGGGAAUGCUGUCGACUGCUCCAACAACUCCUUCUACACCAGUGGAUGCACAUAAAACUCCUCAUGGUUUCGCAAAGCAAAAGAAAAGUCGCAAAUCGCCCGGUCCUUCUACCAACGCCGAAUUUGACCCAAUGGCUGCAUCCGCGGGCAAUCGCACAGAGGACGUUCAGAGUCCCGCUUACAGUGAUAUUAGCGAUGAUUCCACUCCCGUUACUGAUGCUACGGAUUUGCCCAUGGGAGCAGGAGAAAAAUCAAAAGGAUCUCAUAUGGCAGAAAACACAAGAAAAGCAAACGACACUCCAGCUGAAUCAGUAAACAACGCCAGCAACAGUAAUCCUAGCACCAGCGGUCCUUUGGGGCCACUCUCCAGCUAUGGUCUUUAUCCAUACUACGCAGGACUGCCCCAUCAGCAACCACCUCCACCGCCACCGCCCGGUGGUCCGUACUUCCCUACGGCUGCAGACCUUGGCUCAAACAAACCUCCUCCGCCACCUCCAAUCGGUCCGGUUCCCUUACCUCACGGUGUCGCAACUAGCAUUGCACCCUCAGCAGUCUCUGCUGCCGGAGGGCCGCUCGAGUACAGCAAAAAUAAAGAGCCGCCGUUGGAUCUUAUGAACAAACCAAACAACACAGGACCACCACAGCAUCCAUUGCAUCAGCCGCAGCCUCCAUCCUCUGGAUUACCCCCUCCGCCAUCGCUAGCAUCAGCCGGUCCACCUACAGGGCCGGAGGGUGUUCGCACUCCCGGAGGGCUUAUGCUGAACCCGUCCGCGACUGCCGGAUUACCGUCACUUGCAGGGGCAGCUGAUGUGAAGGACGGUUCGAUAUUGAGCGCUGGUCCUCCUCCGCCACCGGGUGGCAAAGUACUGUCACAUUACUAUCCUUAUGGUUAUGUACCCCCCGGGUAUAAUUAUCCCGGGCUCGAUGCUGGCUACGGUCAGCUGUCGGUAAUAUCGGACGAAUCAAAGCAUAGUCCGGUUAUUACGGUCAAGGAGGAACGGUUAAAAGAGAGCCAAAGUCCUAGCGAGUACAGCAAACUGGGUGCAUCACCGCUCAUGGCCUCAAAACUCAUAAAAUCGGAAUCUACGAAAGAUAUAAAGACUGAACCAGGCCUAAGCGGAAGUGGCGCCGGAUCGCUACACGGCCCCGGUAUUCAUCCUAAAGAUCCUCAACAAGCUGGUCCAAAUCAACAACCGCCAUCCCUGCCACCGCAAUCGCUGGGUCCGUAUGGUAGCAUGUUCCGACAUGGGCUCGGUGUAGGCCCACCACCCGGAGGUCCUCCACCGUCCCAUAUCCCAGCGUCUCGAGAGGAGGAUCUUCGAAGAAUGUUCAGCUACACUGAUCAACGACGGGUAGGUGGCAAUCCCCCACCAUCAGGUCAUCCGGGAGGGCCACCGGGGCUUCCGCCCGGUCUUAAUCCAAAGGAUGAGCCGCAUUCACCAUCAUCGCACGGGCAAUCGCAGCAGCAAUCAGGAUUGCAUGGACAAUCGUUGCCGGGUUCGGGAAAAGGUUCCAAAUCCUCCUCGGGACAGACCGGUUCGUCGUCCUCAUCCGGUGGAGGAAGCAGUAAAGGAAUGGGGAAAGGUUCCGACAGUGGCAGUGGAAGCAUCAAGCAGGAGGACAAAGAAAGCGCAAUGAAAAUCAAACAGCAGCAGCAGCAACAGGAGGGUCAGAAACCGACGAUGGAAACGCAAGGCCCACCGCCACCGCCAACCUCCCAGUACUAUUCACCGUCGCUGUAUAUGAGCGCCUCUCCGUUCGGGUUCGAUCCAAACCAUCAAAUGUACCGACAGAUGUUGGUUUCCACUGCGCCGUAUAGUGCGCCACCCUAUCAUUUGCAAAUACCGCGCUUCAAUCACCCGCCCGAGGAUCUGUCGCGGAAUCAGAGUACGAAAGCGCUUGAUCUGCUGCAGCAUCAUGCCAGUCAGUACUACAACUCACACAAGAUACACGAGCUUAGCGAGCGCGCAAUGAAAAGCCCGACCAGCAACAGCGUUAAAGUAAGCGUAUCAAGUCCCAAUCUCUCGCAGCAACCCGGUUGCCAAAAUCCUAAUCUAUGCAUUCCUCCACCAAACAGUAGUAGCGCAGGAUUGUCUUUACAGCAACAGCAGCAGCAGCAACAACAGUCAGUUGCUGCCGCUCAACAACAAUCAUCUAAUUCUAGUGGUGGUGGCGGUGGUGGUGGUGGGAGUGGUGGUGGGCCACCACCAUUGCAGCAAUCAUCGCAACCUCCUUCGUCCGGGAAUCAUAUGCAAGGGACAACAGUGAAUAGCAAUAGUGGGAGCAGUGGUAAUGUAAAUAGUGGUAACAGCGGUGCCAGUGGUGGUCCCGUUGGAGCAAAUAAUGGUAGUGCCAGCGGUAACGGCGGUAAUCCUGGCGACGGUCAGGGUAAAGAUCAUACCGGCGGCAGUAGCUCUGCCAAUUCCCAGCAACAAUCUUCCACCGGUGGCAGCAGUUCCAGCGGUGCAGGCAAUGCCGGGGCUCGAAGUCCGCCCCCUCAACGCCAUGUGCACACACACCAUCACACCCAUGUUGGACUUGGUUAUCCAAUGUUUCAAGCACCAUAUGGCGCCGUACUAGCGACACCCCAGGCGGCGGCCGUCACUGUGCUCAGCCCAUUCCAGACGGGACCGCCCACCAAGUGAAGCAAAACAUCUCACCGUCCCGUCAGAUAAAUCAUCUGGGAUUGGUAGCAGCGCGUGUUCCUUUUGCAGAUGGAGUUUUGUAAAUAUACAUAUAUGUAUGUGAGUGUGUUUGUGCGUGCGUGCGUGUGUGCGUGUGUGUGAUAUACAUAUGACCUACGAUCAAUCCGCUUUUUCUCAAAUUACCGUAUCCUGGAUUGUUGCUACCAACGCUAUUGAAACAGUGAACAAAGGAGCUAACAAGAGCAAGGUGACGGGACGUUCCGUUUCUUAGGAAUUAGACAAGACGAAAAACACAUCAGUUCUCUUACGCGAAUGAAUUGUAGUAAUUUGCAGCAGACCAGUUUCAGUUGAAGUAGAAUAUCUAAUGUUGUAAUCGCGAUGUAGUAAAAAGCGUUCUUACGAUCUAUAGUUUACGUGGUGAGCAAUUGUAGUACCUACUGCAAGAUUGCUGAACUAACGGCAAUAUUGGCCACAGCUAACAAACCUAUGAUAAUUAUAUGAUUGCGUUGCGGUGAAUGGCGCGUCGCGUGAUAUUUAAGGCACAUUUAUCAUGCUUCAGUUUUUCAAACUCUUAGAAUUUUAUGUAGCGUUAUUACGUACCCAACGUAGUAGGGUUGAGAAAAACCGUUGGCCACGUUCCAGUCCAUUUGUGUUAGCUAAUCGAUCGAUCAAUAGAUCGAAGUUGUUUAACCUUUUUUUGAGAUGAUUGCUUUGAUAGCUUUCUUUUUUUUACGUUCGAUCAGUAAUAUUUGGUAAAACAAUGAAUGGAAAUUUUUAAUGAAGAGAAGAAAAUAUCGUUCAAAAUCUAGCCUCUAAUAUUAAACUACUAUUUGGGAAAGCAAAGCCACUGCAUCGCAAAAGAUCAAUGUUAUUUAUAGAAGAAGGAGAAGGAAAAAACACUGAACAUUUAAAUGGUCCACACCAAUGCAAAAUGUACAUAUGCUCGAAAUUCGACAACGGGGAGAGGAUUGGUGAUAUUUGUCAAGUAUUAUUCACGAACGAAAUUUGAUUGAAAAGCAUAACACGCUACGUUCGAGUUGAUCGCGCACAACGCAACGCAGUGGUGUGUUAAAGUCUACUUACUACUUUAUUGUUAUCUCUUCUUUUAGAUAAACAAAAAGAAAAACAACCCUCAUUGAGGCAUGAAUUUACAUUUCAACUCAAAACAGUCAAACAAUGCAUGCAAAAUGGGCGGUAAAUAAAGUAGUGUGCAGAUGCGGACAAGAGCUGCUAGUAUAACGCAUUGUAGCGGAAACACAGAGAUGCGCACGAUCGAAGCACGGUACAGAAAAUAUGAGUUCAUAUGAGAGUUUUUUGAUAGCUUUUGGACGGGUUUGAACGAUGACAGUGCGUUCGUGGUGGAAGUGUCGUGUUGUUAUAUAUUCAUACAUAUAUUUUUGUACAAACAAAAUCGAAAAAGAAGGGCAAAGAUAAUUGUUUGGCGAUGUGGGUAGGAAAUCCUGUCAGGCAGAAGAAGUCGUUAAAUGAUCCAUCAUUUUACCCGGAAACAUGAUUGUCUGUUUAACGGAACGCGACGCAAACCACAUAAAUACAAACACACACACACAUACACCUUACUCACUUACAGGGGUUGCGUCGCGUAUUAGUUUGAAACGCAAACGCAAGGCAUAUCGAUGGCCAAUUUCUGUGCUUUCUGUUGUAAAAUUAUGUAGAAAAUAAUUAAGCGCUAAAUAUUUAGGAAGAAACGUUAUGCUAUCGCAAGAAGAUGACAAACAACAUUAUUCAUUGAAGCGUGCGCGGCACGGCGCAAGGAUGUCGGAAGGGACAAAGAGGAGUUGUAAUUAACUAAGUGUAGAUCAUUUGACAGUAGUAGUUCCAUUGUGUGUGAAUGUUAGCUUCGUUAAGUGAUUGGAAGUGCAAAGAAAGAUCGAAAAAAAAAAACAGUGUUGUAUAUUCAUGUGUAAAGCAUGUAGGCAUAAGUGAUAAUAAUUUCCGAGUGACAAGGGUAUGUGUGUGUGAGUGUAUAGGUGCGUAGUACAUAAGAUACAUGGUUGGUGGAUGAACGCGCGCGCAGCAAGGAAAAGAAAGCACCAAUGUUUUGCGGCGAACGCGUUUCUUUGUCUCUCAAACCUGUAGAUCUGUGCUGAUCUAUGAACAGCGCGAUAAAAAAGAGAUUCAGUCGUGUGCAUGAGUGUGUAUUGGCAUUGUGUAAGCCAAAUUGAACUUGAAGUUUCAUGUUUGACGCUUUCGUAGGAAGAAGAGAAAAUAACCAGAAAGUCAAUCAAACGCUUGUCGAUGGACGGCAAAUUGUGUCACACUGUAUGAGAUAUGGAUAAGAAUAAGUGUGACAGAAAUCAGUGCACUGGCUAACGCUAGGAUUAACGCAACAGUUAAUGCAAAUUGGUCGGAGUAUAACGCAUUGGAAAAAAGCGACAGCGCAUCAAAUGUAUAUUGUAUGUAAAUAGUAAACACAAUUACUACUCCGAACGGUGUUUUGCGCUACAGGACAAUGAUUUCAGCGGAGGGAACGUUGCUGUGCUGGAAACGUAUUGCAUUUUCACAGCAUCGCGGGGCGGGGCUUGGUUUUAGCAGCUAUGUUGCGCAGGCAUCGAGCAUAAUGUAGACAAGUUUUCCAUAGUCUUCGUACGUUUCUCAACCAUUUGUAGCAAUACUAUCGUUUAUAUCACUAUUUCUUUUCGCUCUGUGAUGGCAACAGGGGACACGACCUCCGAGAUUCAUUGUCGCCUCUGCAUUAUUACACAUUCUUUCUAAAACCUGUAAACGUUUAAGCAAUGCCAUUCUAUACCGUAAUACUGCUGUCUAUUAAUGCUUUUGAUGUGUGUACGAAGAGGAAGAACGUGAAUUCUCAAACCCCAGGGGAUUAUAUUGCAAUUGCUCCAAUGCGCUAAAGUGCUGACACUUUUUUUUCUUUGUAUAAAUAACGCAAAAGAGGAUGUUUUUGUUAUUUACAAAUUUUGCUUCUCUCGUAAGUGUGACAAACAGGGCAGACUAGUACGAGUGUGUGGUGGUUUGUGGUUUGCGUGUUUUAGGUGGUGUAUGCGGUUAGUGUGUUGAUGUAGAAAAACAACAGCAACACAACGUAAUCUUCCCCAUAAAAAAACGCACCCGAACACAUCACAUGUCAGAAAAUCAGAAAUAAUGUAACCCCCCCCCCCCCCUCCCUUUGGCCACCACGAUUCAUCUUUGGGCGUACGAAAAGCGGCGGAACAUGUCUGUUCACUUCGAACGGAAAGCCAAAUGUUAUAAUCUAUUGACAAAUGAAAAGUAAUAAGGUUAAAUUAAGAAAAGCAGAGCGAUAAAUAUGGGUGGCAAAAAGGAGGAAAGUAAAAAAAAAAAAACAUUGGAAAAACAUCCGAUAGGUUUGUGUAAAACAACAUUUAGUGCAUGAACUGCAAAGAUGAACGUAUUACGUGCUUCUUAAUCCCGUUAAUUGUAAGUCCACAGAAAUGCAGUAAGUUGAAUGUGUAUAAAUAAUACUAAUGAAUAACUAAUAAUAAUAAUAAUAUUAAUAUUAAUAAUAAUUAUUAUUGUAACAGAACCUAGAAAUAAUGAGCUACUAUUACUCAACAACACUGAAUAUUGCUUAUAAAUAUUCGGUACAAGGAAUAAUGGAAAAGGACAAAACAAAAACAAA